AUCGUUGCAGAACACCGAAAUGUCCUCCUUUUUGGCUGGCACAACGAUCUCUUCUUCUCUUCCUUCGCCACAAUUCUCUCCUUCUAAUCUCCUUCUCCGAUUGUCCCUCUUGAUUCCCCUUUUCAAAUUCCCCCUUAGUCGUAAAUUUGAGAGUAGAGCACCGAGCAGGCUUCUUCUAAUCUUUUUAUUCUGAUUCUUCCCAAUUGAAACCCGAGAAGAGUACUGAUUUUGAGAGGUAAGCAUCGUACUCUCUUUUCCCUCUAAUUGGCAUCUAAUUUUUGUUGUAAGUUCCUUAAUUUUGUAACACCAAAGAAAAUCUGUGUAACAGUGAGUGUGAUGAGACUGUUUUAAUUUUUACUACAUCAGAAUUUUGUAAUUUUUAUUAUUUUAUUUUGUAAUUUUUAUUUUUUUAGUAGGGUUUCUUUUCUCUCUAAUUUAGGGACGAAAAAAAAAUUAAUGUCAUUACUUGAAGUAUGCUGCUUGAAUCUUGGAAAGCAUUCUCUAAUUGCUCUGUCUUCUUAUCAAUAAUGAGCAGGAUCAGAAUGUUGAGUGACAAAAUUUAAAAAAACAAAAUUUAAUUGAUUAAAACCUUCAAUUGUUGAUAAUCAUAUGAGUUCUUAAAGCUGUAGGCCUUGUGAGUUGCUAAUUAAAAUCAGCAGUUGCGCUCUUAUUAGGUCAAUUAUUCUAUUAAUUAAAUUCAUAUAAUUAUAUAUUUAAAUACCACCAUACUGUUCAAUAGCGGCUGCUUCGCUAUCUGUUACACUAUCAGAGUGGAUUUUUGCCUUCCUGCUAUUGGCUGCUAUCCGCUAUUGAUAACCCUGUUUUUCCAAUAUGUGGUAAUUGUAUUUUAUAUCGCCUUAGGUGAUUUAUCCCACUUCAUUGGGCUUUCAUGGAUAGGAUCGGGCUUUGACUUAGUUGUACAAUUUAAACUGCAAACCAAUUGAACCCAAAACAACUUCAUCCUAUCAUCUCGUGGAAUGGAUAGACUCAAGGAGCUCCCCUAAUUCUAAUUCUAAUUGCAAUUCUAAUUCCAAUUCUAGUUCUAAUUCUAACUAAUUUUUUCAAAGAAAACAACACGAAGCCAAGGUUGGUAGGUGGCCUCCUCUUCGCCAACGCUAAUUCAUAGUCAAUCUUCUUGUUGAAUUCUAUAAUUAAGGUAUUUCAUCUAC